CUCUUUCUCUAUCGAUUAGUCUGCAUUCGGCCCCGUCUGAGGAGCUUGCACCUUUAGCUUUUACGUUGCUGAAGAGCUGAAGAGGGAGCUGCCACGGACACAAUUUACAAUUCAAACUUUUUUUGUUUAACAAAUAGUGAAGAAGACUUGUAGUGAGGUGUGCGAUGUUGAGGCUGAUCUUUUUGGCCGCUCUCGCUGGGUUUACCCGGGCCAGUGAUGUGCUUGACUACACGGAUGAUGAUUUCGAAAGCAAGAUUGGAGACCAUGAACUCAUUCUUGUGGAAUUUUUCGCGCCUUGGUGUGGCCACUGUAAGCGGCUAGCGCCUGAGUACGAGGCAGCCGCCACACGUCUGAAAGGCAUCGUCUCCCUGGCCAAGGUUGAUUGCACAGCCAACAGCAACACAUGCAGCAAAUAUGGUGUCAGUGGCUACCCAACCCUGAAGAUCUUCAGGGAUGGAGAGGAAUCUGGUCCUUAUGAUGGUCCCAGAACUGCAGAUGGCAUUGUCAGUUUUCUUAAGAAGCAGGCUGGCCCAGCUUCUGUGGAGCUCAAGGAUGACGCAGGCUUUCAGAAGUACACUUCAGACCAAGAUGCAAGUGUUGUUGGGUUCUUUGCUGAUGACAAGAGCACAGCACAGGCAGAGUUCCUGAAGGCAGCCAGUGCCUUGAGGGACAACUACCGCUUCGCCCACACCAACUCUGAGGCCCUCCUCCAGAGCCACGGCAUUGACGGAGAGGGAGUCAUCCUGUUCCGUGCACCACGACUCAACAACAAGUUCGAAGACAGCUCUGUGAAAUAUGGCGAGGACAAAUACACCAGCAACAAAAUCAAGAGGUUCAUCCAGGACAACAUCUUUGGAAUCUGCCCGCACAUGACGGAUGACAACAAAGACCUGCUGAAGGGCAAAGACCUGCUGGUGGCUUAUUAUGAAGUUGAUUAUGACAAAAACCCCAAGGGCUCCAACUACUGGAGGAACAGGGUAAUGAAGGUGGCCAAGAGUUUCCUGGAUCAGGGCAAGAAGCUGAACUUUGCCGUGGCCAACAAGAACGUGUUCAGCCACGAUAUCUCAGAGUUCGGCAUGGACGCCAGCUCAGGAGAACUGCCUCUGGUGGCCAUCCGCUCCGCCAAGGGGGACAAAUACGUCAUGAGCGAGGAGUUCUCUCGCGAUGGAAAAGCUCUGGAGCGUUUCCUGCAGAGCUACUUUGACGGCAAGCUGAAGCGCUACCUCAAGUCAGAGCCCAUCCCAGAGGACAACGACGGGCCUGUCAAGGUUGUGGUGGCUGAGAACUUCGACUCCAUCGUCAACGAUGACAGCAAAGACGUGCUGAUCGAGUUCUACGCCCCGUGGUGCGGACACUGCAAGAACCUGGAGCCCAAAUACAAAGAGCUGGGAGAGAAGCUUGCUGAUGAUCCCAGCAUUGUCAUUGCCAAGAUGGAUGCCACAGCCAACGACGUGCCAUCUCCAUAUGAAGUCAGCGGUUUUCCCACGCUGUACUUUUCCCCAGCUGGACGUAAGAUGAACCCAAAGAAAUACGAGGGAGGCCGCGAGGUGAGCGACUUCAUCUCGUACCUGAAGAGAGAGGCCACCAAUCCACUGGUGAUGAAGGAGGAGCCCAAGAAGAAGAAGAAGAAGAAGGACGACGACAGGAUAGAGCUAUAAAAGCUCCAAACAGGAACUCGACAUCCCCGCCCAAAACAACAAGAGGAGGAGGAGGAUUGGGGAAAUCCAUGCAACAAAAGAACUGAAUUAUAUCCCUCUCUCUUAGUGAACUACCGAAUGCUCUGAAGCCGGGUCGUAAAAGAUGCGGUGCUCCCUUUAGGUCCUCCGCUGCUCUGGUAAAACUGUUGGAAGGCGGAGAGGUGGUGGCCAGGGCCUGCCCAAUGUUUAAAAACAAAAACAAAUUUUUAGGGAAGAGGGGACGGCUUUUGAAAAUUUGAGAUUCUCAUUUCCCCUGGUCUGUCUACUGCCCCUCAGGCUGAUGCACUUUGGUUUGACACCAGUCUCAAGUCAUCUGUUGGUUUUUGUUGUUCUCACAGGGGAUUAUGGUAAAUGGUGAAUUAUUCCUCUUUUUUUUUUUUCUUUUUCUUUUUGUUUUGUUUUUGUUACACGUCUUUGUUUUUGUACAUUUGGAUUUGGAUGGAUUGUGAAAUAAAAAGGCCCACAAAACCAAAACAAAUCAUGAUCUCAUUUGUGAACGUAAAUGUUUUGACACUGAGACUAUUUUAAAGUGCUUUCUUUUAGUACACAAUAUUGUAUUUUUUUUUCUUUUUAUCCAAUACUGCUAACUGACAAUGAGCUGCUUCCCAGGGCCAAAGCUGAUGACACCUAACAAAUUUAUAAGUUGUUUUUUUUUUUCAAUAAAAAGAAUUUUACAAACACA